UUAAUGCCUGUUGCUGAUGCAGGAAAGUUCUGGAAUUAAUCUUUUCGUCGUUCGCCAUUUUAAACUCAGGGAAGUUCAUUCCACCACCAUGGUGCCAGAACAGAGAAGAGUUACCAGCAUGACACUAAACAGGAGAUGUCAGAUCACUUGCUCACGACAGCCUGCUUCACCUCCACAACUCCUUCAUCUACACCAACCUUCAUCUACAAUGAGGUCUCUAGUGGUACUCAUGUUCAUCUGCAUGCUUUUACCCAAAGCUGCUGUUGGUGAACUGAGCUGCUAUUUAUGUGAUCCCAGGAACUGCCAAAGAUUUACUAGGCAGAUUUGUCCUGCUGGAGCGGAUUCCUGCCUCACUGCAACAGCCACUGUCGGCACAAGUAAGUUUACUUUUAAGACUUGUGCACCAAAGCUGGUGUGUGACAUGGCUCAAUUAUCAGGAGUUUCUCUUGAAAAUGUGAAGUGUUGUCAGACGAACCUGUGUAACGGUGCUGAGAUCUUCACACAGAGUUUCCUCCUCAUGUUUGUCCCUCUGAUCUCCUCCCUGCUCUUCUUCUGAGCUCUGAUGAAAAAGCAGACAUAAACUUCACUGUAACGUCAUGUAUAACACAUACGUUCUGUCAAUAAACUUUGUUGCUUCAUAA